AUGCCUCCUCCAAAAAUCGCCAACGCCCAGACUGGGGCCGUAUCUACGACCAAUGCUGUACAGCAGCUAUGGAAGGCAUAUCAAAAGGACACGCCCGAUAGGUUGAAACUGAUUGACGCCUUUUUGGUGUUCAUUAUGAUUUCGGGCAUUGUGCAGUUCCUAUAUUGCAUACUUGUUACCAACUAUCCCUUUAACGCGUUCUUGUCUGGCUUCGGGAGCACGAUUGGCCAAUUCGUAUUGACCGCUUCAUUGAGGUCUCAAGUUAACCCAGAAAACCGAGCCCAUUUCAAGGAUGUAUCGCCAGAGCGAGCAUUCGCAGACUUUUGCCUCGGGUCAAUAGUGCUGCACUUUUUCGUAUUCAACUUUUUGGGAUAA